UCCCUAUUUGAACCAGUGGCUCCGCCUCAUUAGAUCCACUUGAUGUUCUUCCAGUGCUCCAAUAUCGGGCAAUCGUUAAGCUAUCCGUGCUCUGUAAAUUUUUGUCUAAUUUCUGAAGCUCUUUGCAGGUUAAGUUUUUGAGAUUUCAGAUGGGCAGAGAAAGAAUAGUACUUAAGAAAAUAGAGAAAGCGGCGGCCAGGCAUCUCAGAGGAGUUUGCUGGGAAAAAGCGCAGGAGCUUUCCAUUAUGUGCGACGCAGAUGUAGGGCUUAUCAUUUUUCCUCCAACGGGGAAGCUCUUCGAGUAACCAAUUCCGGAAUACUUCAAGAAUGUGAUUUUUAUCACUGUAUCCCAGUCUCCAAACCUAAAAGGAAUAUUGGAAACUAUAUGGGUGAAGAUUUUAAAAAGAAAUAAAGUCAAGUUCCAAAAUAUCGAAGAUGGGCAUAUACAACUACAACAACAAAUUCUAAUGCAAUCAGAGCCAACCUUGAUGAUAUUAGAUGAUGUUUGGUCGAAAGAGGAUUUAGAUAAGUUACUCUUUGAAGGAACAAGAUAUAAGACACUUAUAACAUCAAGAGAUAGUUCCAUUAUCUCCAAAAAAUUCUUGAAUGAAGUGUAUCAAUUACCAUUGCUCGGUGAGCAAGAUGCUCUAUCCCUUUUGUGCUUUUGGGCUUUUGGACAAACAUCAAUUCCAAGUAUGAUCGAUGUAAAUCUAGUCAAGAAGGUGCUAGAAGAAUGUGGAGGUUUGCCACUUGCUCUAAAGGUGAUUGGGAGUUCCUUGAAAGGGCAAACUCAUGUAGCUUGGGAGAGGGCAAAAAGUAAGAUUUUGAAUGGAGAAAUCAUAUCAGAUUAUUAUGAUGAAGGGAUCCUUAGAUGUUUGGAAUCCAGUAUUGAUUCCUUAGAUGAUGUGGUCAAAGAGUGUUUCUUAGACUUGGGAUUAUUUCCUAAGGGUAAAAAAAUAUGUGUUGAUGUACUGCUACAAAUUUGGGUUAAUAUUAGGAAGAUAAAGUGGCAAGAUGCUAUUGACAUCUUGUUCAAACUUGCAAGAAGAAAUCUUAUAAAUUUAAGUAACAAUCAAAGGAUCAAAAGGACUCUCUCUUAUGGAAAUGCAUUGGAGUUGAAUUUUUUUCAGCAUGAUAUAAUACGAGAUUUAUCCUUGUAUUUGGGAUGCAAAGAUAAUGUAGAGGAUAGGAAGAGGUUACUUAUGCCUAGGAGGGAGCACGACAUUCUAGAGAAAUGGAAAUUAUAUAGUAACAUAGCAUUUAAUGCUCAAGUUGUGUCAAUUCACACAGGACCUAUGGAAGAAUCUCAAUGGCAUGAAAUGUUAUUUCCUAAGGCUGAGGUUUUGGUAUUACUAUUCAAUGCAAGUGAAUACUUCCUUCCCCCAUUUGUAAAAACCAUGAAAAAUUUAAAAAUUAUCAUGGUUUUUAAUUAUGGUUCAAAAAGGGCCAUUUUGAAAGGUCUAGAUGCCUUAUCUUCACUCAAUCAACUCAAGGUUGUCUAUUUGGAGAAGUUGAUUUCAAUCCCUAAUGAAAGCAAUGGAAAUAUACUAGAUAACUUAGAGAAUCUAUCGUUAAGCUUAUGCAAAGGGAUAGAAAAUGUACCAAAAUUUAAUAGUACCAAAAUUAGAUCAUUUAACUUGGAUCAUUGUAGCGAUUUGGAAGACUUACCCUCUUCUAUAUUUCAUAUGCCAAAUGUUCAACUAUGGUCCAUCACUAAUUGCCAUCUUGUUCAAAAUCUAUCACAUAGCAUUGGCAAUCUAUUGAAUCUAAGAGUGUUAAGGCUAUCAGCAAUGCCAGGGCUAAAAGAGCUUCCUACAUCAAUUGGUGCACUUGGAUUGCUGGAAUAUUUAGAUAUUUCAUUAUGUGAGAAUCUAAGAGAACUUCUAGAGGAGAUAGGGAAACUUAAAAGUUUGAUUGAACUUGAUAUGAGAGAGUGUUCAUCUUUGAAGAAGCUUCCAAAAGCUGUUUGUCAACUAAGUUCCUUGAAACAUGUUAUGUGUGAUGAGAAGAUUGGGAAGCAAUGGCUACAAGCUAAGAGAAUUUCUAUCCCUAUACUUGAAGUAGAAAUUAUAAAAUUACAUUUUAGUUUGGAUUGGCUUGAUGAUUGACUUCUUUCCAAGCCCAUGCA